CGUUGGUUAGUUUGUAUACAACUAACCUAACUUGAGUUCAAAAAGUGCGGCGCAUUAUUUGAAGGAAUCUGAAGUUUACAAUGUGCUAAUAAUAAUGAAAUUGGAGUAGAUUCCACAGAAGCACUUCACGCAUAUUCGUAUAAAUUACAGAUACCUGUAAAACAUCGUUACCGACUGAAGUUCACAGAACGACUUGUGGACAUUUCCAUUGGAGUGAGCUGCGUAUGGUCAACAAGGAGGGGUUGGAUCGAGCGCUUCAUACUCACCAGGUUUCAUAGAUCCAUUUGUAAUACUGUAAGUUACUGUUGCACAGAGUGGUUUGUUUCGAAACGGGUUCGGUGUUAUUUUCGUUAUCCGACAUAUUCAUGCGUCCUGUUUCGGUGAAAGUAAGGAAUUCAAAUAUUUUUGUUCCUAAGUGUUUCAAGGACGUGAGUGUUCCUGUUAGCAGCGUGCACGGAGUAAACAAGACCCGCAAAUAAUCGAACGCAUAGAUCAGUCUGUCAAGAAAGAGUAACCAAAUAUGAUGGACCAAGGAUUUCCAAACCAACACACCACCACAACGACGGUGACGACAACGGCCACCACCACACAGCCUACUAUUCGAUUUGACCCAUCCUAUAUAAGAACGAUGCAUGGCAUGCUUAAGGUUGCUCAAGUGGUUUUGAAUCUGCUAGGAUUCAUAUGCAUUACCGUGUCGGGUAUGAGCAACAAUAGCAGGGGAGGAUGGUUUAAUACAGUAUCCAUGGGCGGCUUUUGGUUCACGGGAAUAUUGCUCGUGUUCUAUCUGUUUCAUAUCAUCGAAAAGUUUUCUAAAAUUCCUUGGUUGAAAGUUGAAUUUAUAUUUUGCUCGGUCUGGACGGCACUUUAUUUAUUGGCCGCUGCCCUCGCAGCAGACUACGCUAGGUACUCUGAAGUUUUUGGAGUUGCAGCGUUCUUUGGAUUCUGUGCGAUGGUGGCUUACGGUUAUGACGCCUGGUUAAAAUUCCAUCUGUCGAGAAGUGGUGCCUUGGCUCAGGGGCAAUACACACCUAAGCAAACUUCCACGGUAACGAGUCAAGGUUAUCUGUCAUAGAUUCGCCGUAUCUCUCGUGCGUUCCUGAUUGUAAUACUUCUCGAACGUGGCACACUUCAUAAGAACAGAGCACAAUGGAUUUGUCAGUCUUAUUGACUUUGUUAUAUUUUAUUGUAGUACGUACGUAGCAUAGUGUACGUACACCUACACAUGUAUGACAUCACACGAGCACGAUAUUCGAUAAUCUCGUAUUUUUGUACUAUAAGAAGACGUUAUACAGAUAUUCUAACAUACGCAUAUUCUUUCAUCUAUACAUAUGUUAAUGGAAUCGUAUGAUAAUUGUAUAUUGUCUAAUGAGUCUCUAACGUUUGUUAAUAUUGAAAUAAUAUUUUUGGACAAGUGGUAUAUAUAUAUAUAUAUGUAUGUAUGUAUAUGUAUACAUAUAUACAUAUAUAUUUGUAUAGAUAUAUAAGGAUCGUUUAAUCAGUAUUGUGUUCAUACCAGAAGACAGCCAACUUAUUUUUACUCACUUCGUAUUUAAUUUUGUAUAAUGGCAAUUUAAUUGCCUCGUGUCGCAUCGAUCAUUGUUAGCGAUAUCUUGGUAGACAAUUGUCUGAACUUAUUUAUGAAUUCUGCACAUUGAACGGGGGAAAAGACAAUGGUAGAACAUGUAAGGCAAUAAGGAGAUUAUAGUUGCUCGAACGCGUUUUCUCUAUGCUUUAAGUUAUUCGAAUUCUAUCGUUAUUACGUGGAUCUGUGGAACACCGACAUCUAGGACGAUUAGGAUAAUUUGUUAUAAUUUAUCGAUUACCAUGAUAUUACGCAGUGUAUUACUUAUUACGUCUUGUUACUUUUUAUUCGAUAAACUUCGUACAGGUACCUACAAUCAUAUGUACACGAUAUAGAAAUACAUGCUAAAUAAUCUAAAUACGAAUUUCGAACAAUACAAACACAACGACAAUUGUCACAAUAAAA